UUUGAAAAGGUGCUGGCGAUGAGUCAAUUACGAAGUAAUAUAUUAAUUAAGCAAAAAUAUAAAGAAAUUGAAAUAGCUGAACGACAGUAUAAACUAACUAAUAUCGUAGCUCCAAUUCAAUCUUAUAAUGAUAAUGAAAAUAGAACCCAAGAAACAACAGAAUCUUCACCUGUUGUAAGUGACAAUGAAAUUAACCUAUCAACUCCUAAUAGCCCAUCAGCUGAACUAAGUGAAUUUCUAGAAAUAUCUGAUGAUGAUAUAGUUGAAGACGAAACAGAAUAUUGGUCACACGUAAUUGAAAGUUGA